AUGAUCUUCCAGACGGUGGAGGCGACGGUGGGGUUUGCGGAGCUGAACGGCCGGAUCAAGGCGAAGCUGCGGGGGUGGUGCCUGGAGCAGGCACUUGUGGCGGGCAGAGCGCGAGAGGUGGAGGACGGCGAGGGGGCGGGGUUUGCAGACUUUUGCAUGCAGAUUGGACGGGUCUUGUACGACUUUGGCCAGUACGAGCAGGCGCUCGAGUACCACGGCAAGGCGUUGAAGAUCCGAUUGGCGACGCUGGGCGAGGAGCACUUGGACACGGCCAACACGCUCAUAGGCAUGGCCCACGCCUACAUCUGCCAGGGCCAGUAUGACAAGGCGCUCGAGUACCACGGCAAGGCGUUGACGAUCUCUUUGGCGACGAUGGGCGAGGCGCACCCCUCCACGGCCAGAACCUACACAGGCAUGGCCCUUGUGUACGACAACCAGGGCGAGUACGAGCAGGCGCUCGAGUACUACGGCAAGGCGUUGACGAUCUCUUUGGCGACGGUGGGCGAGGCGCACCCGGACACGGCCGCCACCUACAAUGGCAUGGCCGGUGUCUACGACAGCCAGGGCCAGUACGAGCAGGCGCUCGAGUACUACGGCAAGGACUUGAAGAUCAAGUUAGCGACGCUGGGCGAGGCGCACCCGGACACGGCCACCACCUACAACAACAUGGCCAGUGUCUACAAGAGCCAGGGCCAGUACGAGCAGGCGCUCGAGUACCACGGCAAGGCGUUGACGAUCUAUUUGGCGACGCUUGGGGAGGCGCACCCGGCCACGGCCAUCACUUACAACAACAUGGCCCUUGUCUACGACAAGCCGGGCCAGUACGAGCAGGCGCUCGAGUACUACGGCAAGGCGUUGACGAUCUAUUUGGCGACGCUUGGGGAGGCGCACCCGUACACGGCCACCACCUACAACAACAUGGCCAGUGUCUACGACAAGCAGGGCCAGUACGAGCAGGCGCUCGAGUUCUACGGCAAGGCGUUGCAGAUACAAUUGGCGACGCUGGGGGAGGCGCACCCGCUUACGCGCCAAGUUCAAGCGGCUGUUGGCCGGUUAAAGGCAGCCAGGUAG